AUGUCCAUCGAAGCGAUUGGCGCUGCCGCGCCUCUGGCCGUGGACGUGGAAUUGCCCGUCGACAGCUCCAAGUCUACCGGUCUGCACUCGCCACCUGAGAGCAACAAUGCCAUGGAUGUCGACGGCAGCGACUCGGAGCUGAGCGACCUGGACGAAGUCGCCGGCAAAUUGAAUGCAGGGAUCACGAAUGAGCAUAAAGACGAAACCCACCCGGAACCUAAAGACGAAGAUCAGCCCUCGCCCGAUGACAUCGGCGAAGUUGAGCCUGACCACUGGUCCGGAAAUGUGCCGGUCUUCAAGCCAACCAUGAAGCAAUUUCAAGACUUUAAACUAUUUAUGGAGAAGGUCGACAAGUACGGCAUGCAGUCCGGCAUCAUCAAAAUCAUACCGCCGCAGGAAUGGAAGGACUCGUUGCCGCCAUUAGAUGACUUGGUCAAGCAGAUUCGGGUUCGCGAGCCGAUCAAGCAGGACAUUAUGGGAUCUAAUGGAACUUAUCGACAAGUCAACAUCCUCCACCAGCGCUCCUACAACUUGCCGCAAUGGCGACAACUCUGUGAGCAAAGCGAACACCAACCCCCCGCGAGGCGUGGCGAGCGCCGGGCAAAUGCGGAUAGGAAGCCCGCCACCAGGUCGCGCGGUGCUGCGCAAUCGAGUGCCAACAGCGCGACACCUGCAGUGAAGAGGCGGAGGAACGGCAGAUUGACCCGGAGGUCCGCCAAGGCCGCAAAGGAAGAGAUGGAAGAUGAUGACGACCGCCCGAUGACCCCUGUGUCCCCUGCCGCGGAACAAGACGAGGUCAUAGACUCUGUAGAACAGGACCCUGGUGUCGAAGAUAAAAAAUACGAUGAUGAAGACGAAGCUCCGGUGCGGAGAAUGGGAAGAAUGGGAUUCACGAGACAAUCCAAGCCGAAGACUCAGUCCACAUCUGCCCGUCGGAAAUACAGCCGCCGCGAGGGCUCGGCGGUGAUCGAUGAGGCUGCCUUCAAGGAUUUCGAUUACCGAAUGGAUGUUUCCGAGUUCACGCCUGAACGCUGCGAAGAACUCGAGAGGAUAUACUGGAAGACCCUCACUUAUGCGCCGCCGCUGUAUGGAGCAGACCUUUUAGGCACCCUGUUCGACGAUUCCACCAAGAUUUGGAACUUGAAUAAGUUGCCCAACCUUCUCGAUGUUCUGGGCACAAAGGUACCCGGGGUCAACACCGCAUAUCUAUACCUCGGCAUGUGGAAGGCGACGUUUGCCUGGCAUCUGGAGGAUGUCGAUUUGUACAGCAUAAACUAUCUGCAUUUUGGGGCGCCCAAGCAGUGGUACAGCAUUUCCCAAGCCGAUGCCCGACGCUUCGAAGCCGCCAUGAAAAACAUUUGGCCAACCGAGGCCAAGGCUUGUGAUCAAUUCCUCAGGCACAAGUCGUUUCUCAUCUCUCCCGCCCACCUCAAGCAACAUUACAACAUCACUGUCAACAAAUGCGUCUCAUAUCCCGGCGAGUUCGUUGUGACCUAUCCAUACGGCUACCAUUCCGGCUACAAUCUGGGUUAUAACUGCGCAGAAGCCGUCAAUUUCGCCUUGGAUAGCUGGCUUCCGAUGGGCAAGGUUGCUAAGAAGUGCCAAUGCGCCCAAGCCCAGGACAGUGUCUGGGUGGACGUGUACGAAAUCGAGCGUAAGCUUCGCGGCGAGGAGACCGAGUAUGAGGAGACAGAAGACGAGGAGGAUGAGGAGGAUGAAGACCAGGACACAGGUCUUUUGAGUCCUCCCUCAAGCCACACGGUCCGCAUCAAAGCCCCUGGGCGGAAACGCAAGCGGGCUGCGGAGGAGAAAGAACCCAAAGCCAAGAGGAUCCGCUUGCGUCCCAAGCACUACGUGGAACCGCCCUGCUGCCUCUGCCCUAACGAUAUUCCUGGAGCUGAGAUUAUGUCCACCGACGAUGGCCGCAAGGCUCACCGCAUGUGCGCGCUUUAUCUACCUGAGACGUACAUCGAAACGGUGGACGAUCAGGAGAUUAUAGCAAACGUGGCGGGCAUCGACAAGGCCCGCUUGGAGCUGAAAUGUCUAUACUGCCGUUCCAAAAAGGGCGCAUGCUUUCAGUGCUCCCAGAAGAAGUGUCCGAGGGCAUAUCACGCGACCUGUGCCGCAGCUGCGGGGGUAUUCGUGGAGGAAGCCGAGGUGCCUGUUUAUGGAGAGGAUGGGACGGAAUACAAGGAGCAGGCUUUCGAAUUCAGUUGUCGCUUCCACCGGACAAAGCGAGACAGAAAGGCCGAGGGCUAUAUCCUCGAGGACAAUCCUCAGAUCCGCGAAGCCGCCGCCGCGCUCAAAAAGAACGACAUUUGCCAGCUACAGUACUACCGCGGAGACAUUUUCGCAGGUGUUGUGGUGGAGAAUCGCCACGACGAGGAGACACUGCUCCUCGAUGUUAUUCCGAAUGGUGAUCGAGUCGAAGUGGAGUGGAAGUGGCUGCUCCUGCCCGACCCGGCAGACUUCCGCCUCCCGAAGGCUUCGCCCAAUGCGCUACCAAUGCCGACGUGCAGGAAAGCGAAGCGGGAAAUCAAUGCCAAGCGUUCUGCGGACGAGGCACCGAGAAAGGACGACGAGUUUGGCCCUGGAUAUGUGUGGGCGGAAUUCAAUGUCGUCGAUGCUAUCAGGAACAGUGCGCAAGUCAAGAUCGACUUCUGCAAGGAGGAUCAGAUCUGGUAUUACCUUGGCAAAACAUCCACGGAAGCCAAAGCCCAAUACACCGAAGAUCCAGCGAAGCCGCGGCACAACCCCAAGGGCAAUUUCCUCGAUACCGUACCGAAGCCCAUAUCGGCAGCCCGGGCUGCUUUGCUAGCUCAGCAAAGCUCAACACUCCAUGCCGCGCAACCUGUUCAUAUGCCGUCACCCGGAGGGCCGUAUUCUGGAUCGCUGCCGGGAAUGGUUACGCCAAAGCAGGAGAAGCCUUAUGUCUACAAGCCACGGAAGCCAGUUGCACCCAUUACCGGGUCGCAGCCUCCUCCUUUCACUUCACACACGUUUGCGGUCCGGACGCCCCCGGCACCAGCCAUGUAUCACCAGCCACAACCUCAGCAGUUUCAGCAGCCGCAGCCGCAGCUGCAGCAACCUAAGCCGACAUUCCAGCAUCAUAUCUUCCAGCAGCAGACUGUGCAGCAACACCAGCAGCCUCUUCUUCACAUCAAACAACACGAACCAUCUGGCAAGGAUGUUCAACCAAAGAGUUCGUCGGCACAGUAUUCGUCGGAUCGCUUCGCGCCCGUCGGAGGUAGGCACUCUUUUCAGCCUCAAUCAAGAGGGUGGUCUUCAUCGACGGGCGCGGCCACUCCCAUGCCGUACCCGACGCCAAUGACCUCUUCAGCAUUAAAAUCCCCAAGCGUCAGCCUUCCGGGAUCCGGAGCAGCAGGAGGCCAGCCAUACAUCAGCGCAUACCAGAAGUACAGCUUCUUCCAAGUAAACCACAACAGCAGGGAUUCUUCUAGAUAUCGGACUCCGUACGGUGCAUGGGGGGGCUUCACGAAUGGUUAUGAAGGCAACCUCAGGGAGUUCCUGAUGAAGGCCCAGAAGGCCCUCUCUGGGGGUAGCAACAAAGUCCCUAUCAAGCAGAUGCCCGCUUCCCUGUUGCAGCCUCUACAACCACGGACCAGUGCCUCUGCUGGGACGGGCAAUCAAAUUCACUCUACCCAGGGCUUGGUAUAUACUUCGAUCCUCCCACGCCCUCCUGGGCAAAGUCCUCAGCCAUCAUACGCCUAUGGCGCUGUGGGCGAAACUGCUUCGUAUCAAGCCACUUCACCCCAGAACCAGGGAUACCUUGCGCAGAUUAGCCAUGGUCCGCCUCACGAAAUCACACAGCCCGGAGCAACAGCCCUGCAUCCCGCCAUCCGACCACAGUAUGGGUCUCCUUGGCCUCAGCAAAGCCCGCCUCCGCCCACGGCACCGGUUCCCCCCGCCUCAAAACCGAUGUUCACCAAGCAGAGUCAUAGCCCAAUCCCAUUGCCGCCCUACGUGAGGCAAAUGACAACGGCGUCAGCAAGCAGCACAAAGCAGUCUCCGCUCGGUCAACCGCCGGAGCAGGCGUCAUCCAUGGUGCCAUCAAUACAGGCCCAGUCUCCGGAGCCAUCGGCAAACACGUCGGGGUAUCCCGACCCGUCAAUACACGGGCAAUGGGCUGGGUCAGGAGGCGGUGGGAUGGGCUUUGCAGAGUCAACAACGUCAUAUGCCGCGUCGGGCCCUCAGCCAGCGGUUCAGACGCCAAGCCUCAUAGAGCAGCAACAGCAGCAGCAGCAGCAGUCGUCGCCGUACUAUCAGACGUCGCCUGGGCAGAUGCAACCGACACUUAACGGGCCUGUCAUGCUUCGUGACGCGCAGAGUGGGGAUGAGAAGGCUUUGGUGGAGAAGAUGAUUAUGAACUUGAGGCGGGCGAGCGAGAACUUUGGGCGUUUUGAAGCCCCGCUGCCUUGA